CAGCUGCCAGUGUCACUACAUUUGGAGCGACAGUCCGGUUGAAGAGCCAGUGGGGAGGGACCGCCGGUCUGAGGAAGGGCAGCGGCACCGCUCAUGCCCGGUUCACACGGCGCGUUGUGCAUGAGAAUGUCUCACCCACCAAGCAGCAGCUUGUUCUUCAACCCCUGAUUGGUGGACUCUCAGCUAAGAAAGUCUUUAGGUCCAAUGGAAUCAGAAUUUUACCCGAGGAAAGUUUGGCUCCCGUUUUUUGCCUUAGCUGACAAAGUGGAGAAAGAACAACCCGUCUGAUUUCUGUUCCUAAAUGCUUUGCAAAUACUCGAGGAGCAGAUAAUCGACUGAAUCCUCCUGAGAGUUAUGGACGCCAUGGAGAACCCAGUCCUUGAGCCCAGGUCAGAGCGGAUCGCUCGCUAUAAAGCCGAGCGGAGGCGAGAACUGGCCGAACGCUUUGGCACCAUGGAGGAGCUACCUUCCAAGUGGGUGAGGAGGAAUGGGAAAGAAGGGCACGACCCAGCGACCGAAGCCCACAGAGGGACUUUAAACUCAGAUGGCCUUAGUGAAAGAGUGAACGGCAGGACGCGAGGGGUUUCAAAUGGAUUAGAGGAUCCUGCAGAGUCCAACCAUUCUAGAAGGCAGGGUUCCCCGGACUCUGCCAGCAUGCUGAGUGGGGAGGGGCAACCCGUCCCUCUUGGACUCGAUGCCCCGCAACUCCACACACGAGUGUCGGUGGGCCGGUUGAGAAGUGCUCUUCUGCAGCAGACGGGGAGUGGAGCGCAACCCGAGAAAGUUUGCCCUGAGGCUGGGCGAGCCACGUCCUCUCUGGAUCUGGCUGUGAAGCCGGGCUCUGAGGGGGGGCGCCGACGCUCCCGGCGGUACCUCCCCAACGGGUCAGGUGGAGGACGCAAGACGAGCGAACGCUUCAGGACUCAGCCGAUUACAGCCAAUGAGAUGGAGGAGAGCAGCGGGCUGUUGGACGCAGAGGAAGAGGAGAACUGUAAAGCUGAUGUGAAAACAGACGACAGAGCCAAAAUGAGUGUGGCAGCCAAGAUGUCUUUGUUUAAAGAGCUGGAGAAGGCUGCUACCCCAGAGGCCUCGGCCUUCUUAAAGCCUCGCUCAGGCAGCGUCUGUCAUGAACGCAGGGUGCGUCGUGGCAACGACCAUCGGUUUCUAACUCAGCCAAUCACCUGUGAGGAAAUCGUGGCAAUCAGUGCCCCCAAACCACCAGCACCACCAGUGGAGUCCCAGUCUAUGGAAGCUGAGUCAGUGGAGGAUUGCGAUGAGAACAGCAAGCUGACCAUGAGUGAGAAGCUGGCCCUGUUCAACAAACUCGCCGUGCCGGGGAGGCAGGGGGGCGGCCCUGCUGACGGGCCCCCGGAGAGACGGAGGCAGAAGGGGGCUCGGUACCGCACACAGCCCAUCACUGUGGAGGAGGUCAACCUGCUCCAAAAAGGCCCUGUACAGCUUCCCGCCUUCGGUUUGUCAGCUCAUCUGUCCGACAGACAGCAGGCCUCGUCUGUCAACCUGAAACCCAGCGAGAUCCGCCUUUCCCAGCCAAGACCGGACACAGGUCCUGUGCCUGAGGAGCCUUGUGGUUCUACCCAGCAGGGCCUGCAGCGCCACGACUCUGAGCCAUUCUUGAGAGGGAUCCUGAAGAAAAGCUGCUCCGGAGGCUCAGAGUGGAGCAGAAAGGAGGGCGGUCAGACGGAUGGACCGUCCAGCCAUGAACAGAAUGGUGGAGGCUGUGAAGAAGCAGGGAUGCAAGGGAGGAGGGGGAGCGCAGAGCUUCAGGAAAUGUCCUCAGCAACACGGAGAGAGAGAGGAGAGGCUCCAGGUGGGGAGGGAGGCUCGCUGACCGCCGCUCCCUGGAGACAGAGGGCCCGAACCAGGAGGGAAACCAUCGGCUGCACACCGAUAAGAGUCUUGUCAGAGCAGGACACUCCUCAGGAGGAGAGGCCCAGCCAGACCAAGCUGCAGGGACAGCUGGUUUCCUCUGCGGAUCACAGCUCAGAAACGACUGGGAGAGUUCAGCAGCAGAAUGAGGAAGAGAGUGUGAGGAGGAUGAAUGAAGAAGCCACAGCCAUGGGACAUGUUCAGGUCACACUGGUAGAUGGCACCGUUAAGCUGCAGGAGUCAACCAACACCAGCAGAAUUAAGGAAGAGACAGUAAACCUUCAUGUGGAGAGUGUCAACCCUCAGUGCUGGACAAGUCUGUCGUUUGAAGCACAAGAAAUCUCCUCUCCUACCAAAGACCAGAUUCAGCCUCAGUGGAGACAGAAGAGAGUAGAGGAUGAGAUGGACGAAGUUGAGGAAAUCAAUACAGAGCUGGAAAGAAAAGAGCAAGAGACCGGAUGCAUGAACAAGAGAGGAUCUCCUGAAUCAGACAGGAAUGACACCUCUCAUAACAAGGGACACUCCUCUGAAGCUCUAACAAGCUCUUAUGAUGAAAUCCCUGUGCAGUCUUUGGGCGAGUUUGAAGCUCAGCAGAGCUCUCCGCUCUCAGUGGCUCCACAUGAAGUGAGGCGGGAGGCGCCUGUGGUUGAAUCAAACACGUUGGACGCUGGUUUCCUCAGAGAUCAGUCACCUCCCUCCGCCUGCACCCCCCCACCCUGUGGAGACGCCGCUGCUGCAGAGAGUGAGCAGGACCUGGAUGUCCUCUGCCAAACCAACACACCCAUACUGACCUCAUCAGUAGCCGAGCACAGGCGGUCGGUCCGUCCGUCCCGUCGGACUCAGGGCUCCAGAAACCCUCUGAGGGCUCUCGCUGCCCGGGAGGACAUAAUGCAGGACUACAUGGGAGAGAGAGUCAACAACACAGCUGCUGAGGAGAGCUCCCAAGCAGAGAAAAAGUCCAAGAACUCCUCCGUGGCAGAUUCACAUCUUUCCAAAUCAGAAGACUUCAUCUGUUCAUCAGAUACUGCAAAGUCUUUUCCUCCCUUCAGCAGCCUGAUGCUCAUUCACAUCAAAGGUAGGCGGCAUGUCCAGGUGCGUCUGGUGGAGCCGUCAGUGCAGUCACUGAACAGUGGAGACUGCUUCCUGCUGGUCACUCCGGAUCACUGCAUCCUGUGGAGUGCAGAGUUUGCCAAUGAAGAAGAGAAAGCCAAGGCCUCUGACCUGGCAUUGUCCAUCCAGAGGCAUCAGGAUCUCGGCUGUCAGGCCUCCCAGGUGGUCCACCUGGAGGAGGGGCGGAACUGUGACAGCAGCCUGGCUGCAGACUUCUGGAGGCUUCUAGGAGGAAGGAGACAAUACAGAGGAGCCGGUGCAGAAGAGGAGGAUGAGCUCUAUGAGUGUGGUGUGGUGGAGUCCAAUUGUGUGUACAGGCUGAUGGAGAACAGACUGGUGCCUCAUGAACAGGCCUGGGCCUCCAUCCCCAGGGUCUCCCUGCUGGGUUCCAAUGAGGCCCUGGUGUUUGAUUUCGGCAGUGAAGUGUACCUGUGGCAUGGACAGGAUGUUUCCCCCAGCAGGAGGAACGUUGCUCUUCAACUGACUCACCAAGUGUGGGUCGGAGCUUAUGACUACAGCAACUGUAGAGUCAAUCCACUGGAUCCCACGCGGUGUAACCCGAACACACAGCAGAAGGGAGAGGGGCGUCCCAGCUGGGCGUUGUUCGGUUGUGUCUCAGAGCACGAUGAGACGGCUCUGUUCAGGGAGAAGUUCCUGGACUGGACAGGCGGGAAAGGAGGCAUGGAGGGAGCUGCUGCAGUGAGCAAAGAGACACAGCUCGUCCCCGUUGAGUCUUCCCAGUCCACGUCCACAGCUUCAGACGUCCUGAGCGCCUUUGACGCCAAGGCUCUGGUGUCGGGUCAGUCCCUUGAAGGGGACGGCUUGGUCCAUAACGUGUUGGCUGGGGUUGACGUCCAGAGGGGGCACGGGGUCAUCACGCUGGAGGAAGGCCGUCAGAUGGCGCUGAAAACAGUUGCUGUGGACACGUGGCACGUCCAGGAGUUCGAUGACAGCGAAAUUCUCCUGGAGAGCACCGGACAGCUCCACGAAGGAGACUCCUACGUCAUACGCUGGACGUACAUCAUCAACACUGUCGAUAAGACAAACAGCCCUGAUGAGUGCAGCAAUUGCCCCGGACAAAAAGAAAACACCGCCUUCUUCCUGUGGAGGGGCCGUCACUCCAGUGUCAGCGGGCGGGACACCGCUGCUUUCCUGUCCAUCGGGAUGAACAACCAUGAAGAGUCACAGGUGGUCAUGCCUCAGGGAAAGGAACCUCCCUGUUUCCUGCAGCUUUUCCAGGGAGGCCUGGUCAUUCACAAGCGAAAGCGAGAGGAGGCCUGCACAAAUGCAGCAGAGUGGCAUCUGUUCUGUGUGCGAGGUGAGCUCCCAGAGGAAGGCUCUCUGUUAGAGGUGGACUGCUGCUGUGCAGGUCUGAGGUCCAGGGGCUCUGUUGUCCUGCUCAAUAGCCAGCAGGGAGUGCUGUAUCUCUGGACUGGCUGUAAAGCUCAUAGCAGCUCCAGAGAGGUCAGCAAGAGGGCAGUGGAGCGUCUCACUCAAAUGUGUCCACCAGAGUUGGGUCUGAGCAAAAGCAGCCCUCUGACAGUGCAGGUAGUGGAGGAAGGUUCAGAGCCUGCAGACUUCUGGACAGCCCUGGGGCAAAUGGACAGGAAGGCCUACGACUGCAUGCUGCAAGAUCCAGGAAAGUAUAACUUCACACCUCGCCUCUUCCACCUGAGCGCUUCCUCUGGGAGUUUCCAGGCCAAAGAGCUGCAGAGUCCAACGCGGCUGCCGGGGCUUGUGAUGGCAGCGCCCUUCGUCCAGGAGAGUCUGUACUCCGUACCACAGCCGGCGUUGUUCCUGCUUGACAACCGUCUGGAGGUUUACCUGUGGCAGAGGGGUCAGCCCGAGCAGACAGAGAGCUCAUCUUCGGCCUGGAGCGUCUGGCAUGACGAGAGGAGGUGUGCAAUGCAGACGGCACUGCAGUACUGCAAAGAGAUGAACCCAAGACGCCCACCGCAGGCCUACCUCAUAUUUGAGGGACGAGAACCUCUCACCUUCACUAACGUGUUUCCCCGCUGGGAGAGGAGCCUGGGACCCCCAACACAGGGCGAUGCGGGGCGGGUUAAGCUGACCUUGGUGCAGGACGCCCUGGCCCAGCUCAUGAAGACCCAGUACCCUCUGGAGGAGCUGCUGCGGAGCCCAUUACCUGAAGGAGUGGACCCCCAGCGCCUGGAGGUCUACCUGUCUGAACAAGACUUUCAGACUAUUUUGGAAAUGAAGAGAGAUGAAUAUGCUUCCCUCCCAGACUGGAAGCAAAUUGAUCUGAAGAAAAGCAAAGGGCUGCUUUGCUAGACAGGGAAAA